UAUAGCGACAAACGGCCUGGGUUGGGAUGAGUUCUGAAAACAAACAGUUUUGGGAAUCCCGUUUGGUUUGGCUGAUUCUGGCCAGCCCCUGGCUCCGGCACAGCUGCCUGCUGUGCUGCAGCAGCCCCAGCCCCGGUUUCCCCUCCGAAAUCCACCAGAAGCUCGCAGUGGGAAUGCCAGGUUAUGUCAGGUUGAUGUCAGGCAGUGAGAGGCACAUUUGAGAUGUGUUAGUGAGACGGCAGGUGGGAUGAAGAGUCUGAACUUCUUCCAGGUGUCCCUUUAAAACAUUUCUCCCUUUGGAAGACCAGCUGGGGUUCCUUUUCUGCUGUUCAUGCUGAGCAGUUGCCUGGGGAGGUGGUGUGUGAGUGGAGAUACACCUGGUGAUGACUCAAAUGUGGGAAUUGCCCCGGAUGUGGUUGCUGCUGAUGCUCCCUUGGGAACAUGCCUUGAUAGGGAAUUAGCACCAGUCAGUGAUGGGCUGUGGGACAAGCAAAGUGCUUCCCGAGCCCCCCAAAGAUGUGCAGCUCGACCUGGUUAAGAAAGUCGAACCUUACACGGGCCACAGCGACAUAUACAAGCAUUUCAUCAAAGAUGACUGCGGGGCUGUCAUCAAAGCCGGCUCUCCCUCCCCCGCGCACCACACCAGCGCCUGCCCCGGGAACCCCCUGCCCGCCCACCAGCCCGAGCCCCGCAGGAACAAAGUGGCCAAAUACCGCGCCAAGUUCGACCCGCGAGUGACGGCCAAGUACGACAUUAAGGCGCUGAUCGGGAGGGGCAGCUUCAGCCGCGUGGUGCGGGUGGAGCACAAGGCCACCAAGCAGCCCUACGCCAUCAAGAUGAUCGAGACCAAGUACCGGGAGGGGCGGGAGGUGUGCGAGUCGGAGCUGAGCGUGCUGCGGCGCGUCCGCCACACCAACAUCAUCCAGCUCAUCGAGGUGUUCGAGACCCAGGACCGCGUGUACAUGGUGAUGGAGCUGGCCACCGGCGGGGAGCUCUUCGACCGCAUCAUCGCCAAAGGCUCCUUCACCGAGAGGGACGCCACGCGGGUGCUGCAGAUGGUGCUGGACGGGGUGAGGUACCUGCACACUCUGGGCAUCACCCACCGCGACCUGAAGCCGGAGAACCUGCUGUACUACCACCCGGGAACAGAUUCCAAGAUCAUGAUCACGGACUUCGGGCUGGCGAGCGCGCGGAAGAAGGGAGACGACUGCCUGAUGAAAACCACGUGCGGGACGCCGGAGUACAUCGCUCCCGAGAUCCUGGUCAGGAAGCCCUACACGAACUCCGUGGACAUGUGGGCGCUGGGGGUGAUCUCCUACAUUCUCCUCAGCGGCACGAUGCCCUUUGAGGACGACAACCGCACCCGCCUGUACCGGCAGAUCCUGAAGGGAAAGUACAGUUACUCAGGCGAGCCCUGGCCCAGCGUCUCCAACCUGGCCAAGGAUUUCAUCGACCGCCUGCUCACGGUGGACCCCAGUGACAGGAUGACGGCCCUUCAGGCCCUGAAGCACCCCUGGGUGGUCAGCAUGGCGGCCUCCUCCUCCAUGAAGAACCUGCACCGUUCCAUCUCGCAGAACCUUCUCAAGAGGGCAUCCUCCCGCUGCCAGAGCACCAAGUCAGCGCAGUCCACCCGCUCCAGCCGCUCCACCAAAUCCAACAAGUCGCGGCGCGUGCGGGAGCGGGAGCUGCGGGAGCUCAACCUGCGCUACCAGCAGCAGUACACGGGCUGAGCCCCCUGUGCACACGCUCGGUGAGGAACAGCCAGGUUCCUCCCUCCCUCCCUCCCUCCAGGCGUUUCCCCCAUCCCUGAGGAGGUGCCCCUCCGUGUGCGGAGGAGAGGGAACCUUGUGGUGGCCGUCACGCCCUGCUGCGCCGCGGGGUCUGGCGCCAGAAACGGGGGAGUCCGUCCUCGUGGGCUCGGGGCACGGCUCGGAGCCACGAGGAAUGCACGAAUUAAGGAGCCACGUGGGGAGAGGAGCUCUUUCUGUAGCCCGGGAGCUUAGUUGUUCAUAGUUAUUUAUUAAUUCCGGAGCGUUUCGUUUCUCUCGCUUGUGUAUGGGGAAAAAGAGGAAAUCGCUCGGCGUGUCCGUGCACGCACGUCUGUGUGUGCACAUACACGUGUGGGGGAUGUAUAUGUAUUUAAAAAUUACCUAUACACAGAUUUUGGGCUGGUUUAGUCAGACUCCGUGGUGCCUUUGCAGCAAAGCUGGAAUGAGUCAUGUGCAGUUAGAAGUGGGAUAGCUCUGACUCACUGGUGUGCUGCCCACCAGCUCCUCGCCAAAGAGAUGCCAGACAGCAGUUUUCCACGAGGGCUGGGGAGCUGCGAGGUUUCCCCCAAGGGCUGCCAUCCUCCUGAUGAUGUCAAGGGUUUACCCCUGGAAUUGUCCUUUCCCUGUUUGCAGCAAGACCAGUGCCCGUCGUGCAGGGUUUGUUGUUCUUGUGCUCUGUUGUGUCUCUGACGUGUUACACACCUUGCACCCUUCAGAAGAAGAUUGAGAAGGCUGAGGAUUUUUGUGCUAAGGGGAAAAAAAGAGGGAGGAAAUUUUAGGGAUGUGCUUCCCACUGCAGAGCUGGGACGGGCUACAACCACUAUAAAGCGCAGCGUUACCGACCAUGUCACUGCACCAGAGCUUGGGUGGUUCCAGGCUGCUCCCUGCCUGCAGAUUUGACAGGGCUCCCCUGCUCUGUGCGUGUGCUGCCCCAGCCCUGCCAUCCCUGCUUUGGGACAGUGGUGUUGGGAGCUGUUGGGUGGCCACAAAUGGCUCCAUAGCAUCAGGGUAGGGGCUCGAGUAGUGGAAGCCCAGUCUGGGAGUGUCAGCAGUGACAAUACCCUGGAGACAUUGUACAAAUGCCCUGGAGCUGUGAGGGGUGACUUAAGUUCACCAGGAAAAAGCUGCUUUUCAGGUGUCUUUUGUGCUGCAUAGGUGAUGAGGUGGCCUCUUACGGAGGACUCUCAGGGGAGGUGGGGGCUGCAGAGCUGAGCUUUGUGCGAGCCUGCUGAGAUAUCUUCCCAAAUAGUUAGAGCAGCAAAGUGGGGCUGAUGGCACAGGCCCAGGAUGGAUUUGGCUUCUCAUGGUAGCAGAGACAAGAUCAGCAGUGAAGGAAAAUGCUGGGGUUUGAAACUUUUCUUGUGAAGCCACACGAUUUGUUUUGUGCUGUGCACUUGGGCUUGUUUGGCUCUGGGCUGGAGGUGCAGGCAAUCCAAGCUCAAGGGGCUGGAGAGCUUGGCCUUUUUCUAGGAUUGAUGCCUGUGUUUCAGUGUCAGCAGGGCUGCAGUGGUCAGUCACAUCUCCGGGGAGCUCUCACAGUCACUCCUGGUCAGCAAACAGUAAAGCAGCUUUAGUGGGAGAAGAUUUGAGUUUCUGUGCGAAGGCAAGAAAUAAAGGGGGAGAUUCCUGGUGGUGUGCUUCCCACCCCAAAGGUGGGAUGGGCUGUAAAUAUCUGUAAACCAGACUGGUGUGCCCAAGCAUGUGGUGGGGAAUACAGCAGAAGAAACUUGAGGACGGCCACUGUGUGUAGCAGGAGUGAAUUUUGAAAGCCUUUGCCUGGUUUUGCAUGUUGUUUUGAAAACCUCACAUCCUUUGCAGACUGUCCUUUCUCUGAGCAGCCUGUCCUACCAUGUCACACACAGUCUUUCUUCCAUCAGCAUUAACAGAUACUGCAGAACUCCCCAAAUUUGGUUGUUUUUUUUUUUUUUUCAACUCUGUCGACUGCAAACAAAAAUGGGUUUGGCAUCUUUUACCUCCUCAUGUUGUUUUUCCCUAGCUUGUUACCAUGAACUCUAAACUAGAUGUGAUUCCUGACAAAGGAAGCAGCUUGCCACAUUUUGCUUCAUAAACAGGUCAGUGUGCCUCAUGGUACUGCAAACAGCUCUCCAAGAGCAGGAGCCCCUCUAAGGCCAGUGUCAGCUGGACCAUGGGGGCCCUGCAGGUCAGGUGGUGGCAGGAGGCUCCCUCGGAGCACUUCUGGUUCUGAGCCAUUACUUGAAGAGGCUUUGGUGUGUUUGGAGCAUCACUCCAGACACUGUGAUUGCUUUUACCUCCUGGCUGCUCCCAUGCCCCACCCCCCCGAUUAUCCUGCAUGUUUAUCCAUAAAACAGGGAUUUUGGCUGUGAGGGGGUCAAACUGAUGAACUGAGCCAAGACUUCUAGAACUGAGACCCUUCCCCUUAACCACUAGACCAUCAAAAUGCACAGGCAUCAUGCAGAUGUCUGCCCAUGCUGUUCCUUUAUCCUUCUCUUACGGGAUGAGGAAUACAUAAAGCUGUGGGCUAACCAGGCUUAUUUCUCCACCUUCACAAAGCAGAACAAGAAUCUUCUCAUCUGUGACUCUUUUUGCUUCUUUGAUCUUUUCCACAGCUGUUUUUUUCACCAGGAAAAGUUCAGAGCGGUCAUCUGUGGUUACUUUGGGCUGGAAUAUGUUUUGGGAAGCAGGAGGUUGCUGUGUGGGGUCCUGACAGUGUCAGGUUUUGAUGGUGAUGCUCUGACUAGGGGUGAAUUGGCAAAAGGGAGGAUCCAUCACAUACAUGAGAAUACUGGAUAGCUGCAGCUGCCUCUCUGUGGUAUCGAGGUGUCUGUGGUCCUCGGGCACUCCACUGCUUGGGAACUGUGGGAAGAGGACCAAGGCCAUCCCAUAAAGAGCUUUGACUUUUCUGAGAAAAGAACUCUUAAUUCUUUUCACAAUUGCGACGUUUUCUUGUUUGCGUAGAAAAGUUAGUGUAAACUUGGGGAAAUCUUUACAGGCUUUCCUUCCAUCGUUCAGUUUUACACUCCUGGCUCACUCCCUCUUCCUGUUCUAAAUCCAGUAUUGUAGGAACUUUGCAGCCAGGCAAUAAUGUGGGAAGAAGGGAGAUAACAGAGCACUGUCCAAAUGACCAUGGAGUCCCCAGUGGUCUUUCACUCAGUCUGGAAAACUGUGAUGGUCCAAAUGCCACAUUGGAAGGUCCGGCUUAAGAACAAUUCCUCAGGUGCUUUUAUUCUUGCAAGUGGGACGUGUUUUCAGUUGGGUCUGGUGUGGAGGGGGACAGGCAAAGUGCUGUAAUUCUGAGCCAUAGUCCAGGUGCCUUCAAUCUCUCUAAGAAGCUCUUCACUGUGAAUUACCUUGAUCAUCUGUCUUCAUUCCAUAGGAGCAGCUCAGUGCUCGGUUGGUCUUAAGUCUCAGGAGUUUACGCUUUUCAGGAGUGCCUUUUUUGGGGAUUUUAGAAACUAAAAUCUCUCUGGAAUGGUUUUUUUUUUUUCUGCUCUUUCAUUUAAUUUAAUAUCCUUCUUUGACUCUUAAUGGUGGUUCUUAAUUGGCUCGCCGAGUGUUUUUUGGAAACCUUUGGUCCUGAAUGUGCAGGGAGGACAGAGGUAACACCUGCCUGUUCCAGACCACCACCAAAUGCAGUCUCUGCAUUACCUGGGGUGGAAAUCUGAGUGCUUCUGCUUUGCCUGCUUUGGUUCAUGCAGGAGAAGUGGAGUGGGAAUGACACCUAGUGGCAAACUGUGGUGUGUCCUUGUCCAAGCACAGCCCUCUCCUCGUGGUGACCUCUCUGUUUCCGGGUGAGAUGCCCUUUGAGGAGUAAAUUAGGGUGGUUUGUCUUUUGGAACUUAGCAGUACUGUGUAAAAAAAUCCCAUCCUUUGCCCUGGGAGUUUGGCUGAUCUCUUGAGGGAGAGAAUUACAGCUUCAAAGAAUGUGGCCUGUUGGUUCCUUGAUUUUUAUUAUUCAUGUUGAGGGUUAUUGGGAAAGAAUGUGAAAAAGUCUUCCAGAAAUUGCCUUAGGGGGUCUAAAGAUUCGCAUCCAAGUUUUUGAGUAUGCAGUGUGUUUUCUUCAAACAGCAGUUACCAGUCCAUGUUUGAUUUACCUCUCACUCAGGCUUCUAAAAAUCUUAACACAUCAACCCAGUGGGGGCAGAAACCGCCCUUCCUUCUGUCCUGAAGAACUCUGUGCUAUUUAACACUGCAGUUGUGAUAGCAUCCAGAUGCUCCUGCUCUGUGUUGUUCUUGGAAGCACACAGCUGUACGUGAAGGAAAGCUUGAGAGCCUUGUGAGGAGCUCAAGCCCAGACAAGAGGGCUCAGACCUGCUGGCUUUGGUAGUGAUGUGGAAACCAGCUGCAGCGUAGGGCCUGCUUCACGUGUUUGUUCUGGAUGUGAUAAACCCUCACACUCUCCUUUGGAAUCUGGGCACUUUCCUAUUUUAGGCCAGAUAUUUUCCCUUCUGGUAAUUUACAUUAUUUCUGAGGCCCUGCUCUGUUUCUCAGUCCUGUUUCCUACCCGGGUGUUUGGCUGCAGUACUAAGAGGGUCAGCUUUUAUCUGAUGCACAAACUGGAAUAGGAAUGAUGGUUCACUUGGCUGCUGGGCAGCAGCUCUGGGUUUGGCUUUGCAGGAGCUCUGGCGAGUCCUGGGGCAAGGUAAAAGCUUCUGUAUGGUGCCUUUAAGGACCUGCAGUGCAGGCUCAGCUCAGUCUUGUACCAUGUAGGGCAACUCCUGUGUGGCUGUUACAGGCUUCUCAUUAGGCUGUGUGAGGCCGUAUUAUUUUAAGUAAUGAUACUAAAGAUCUGGGGGGUUUAAGGUGGGAUAGAUUAAAAUCUCAAUUGUUUGACUCAAUUUAGUUUUCUAAAUGAUGCAAAGCAACACAGAGAUUGGCUUCUUUGAUACCAGUGUGAGCCCUAGAAUUUGCAGUGAGGGUGAUUGUGUCCAGGCCUCUCACCCACUCAGCUUUCUCCUGGAAAGUGUCACAAAGUGCCUGUAGCACUCACUGCAUGUACCCAGCCCCAAGUUGCCUUCACCACCCUCGGGAGGGUUUUGGUGCUUUUUAUGACCACUCAGUCUCCUCUUUCGCCCUGGAUUAAGAGUGCAGCACUCCAAGGCAGGUGCCUGCAUGUCAGCUGUGCCUUCAUGUUCAGGAAACUUCCCAAAGAAAUAAAUGUGAACACCGGGGAUGCGCGGCGGCAAGCGGCAUCACGGAGCUCGGUGUCUGCCGAGGGCAGCGGGGGCUCUGCCUGGUGACAAUUGUCCCUUCUCCCACUGUCCCCCCCCGCCUGGUGGUACUGUAGACCCCUCGUGUGUGACGGGCAGGCUCUGGCUGCUGUCGCAGAGGUCGUUGCACUGUUUGUCUGCUGAACGUGGACUCGAUGCGUGGAGCAGAUCCGGCGAGGCGUGUCACAAACCAGCAGCUCCUGCGCGGACGCCCAGGUGCCGCGAGUUUUCCUGUUGCCUUUCGCUACGGAAAGACGCCUCCCAGGAAGCUCCUGGGAUCGGAGAUCUUCCGGCGCUCGAUGUUAUUUUUGGUUGCCCAGUUUCCGGUGCUGGGUUGGAACGGCUCGGGAGCGGCUCCGGUCUCAUCCAGUCGCUCUCCUCGCGGGACUGUCUUGAGAAAUGUCCCAUUCCGUGCCUUGCCUUUCGAGUCCUGGCUUUACUCCAAGGACUGUCCUGUCAGAUGAGGUCGGACCCAUUGUAAUUAGUCUGUAAUGUUCAAGUUAGAGUGUACAGAAUUAUUUAUUUGGUGUACUCGGUCUGUUAAAACAUGUCCAUGUAUUCUGUGUA